GAGGCCCGGCGGUUUCAGAGCUUCGCCCGGGACGACGAACCGCGGACGAGCCGAGUGCGGGAAACCCGGUCGUGUUUCACAGUACGACCGACCGAUCCGCACCGAGUAUACCGUACAACGAGGAGGCACAACCGCGGGGCGAAAAAGAAAGGGGAGGUGGGGGAGGGUUGGCCCGAUUGAACGCAGGCAGACCGCUUUGUGACCUUGGUGCGCGCGCGACACUUGGCGUCUUCCUCGGGAGUAAUAAAGAAGAGUUUCAUCGGUACCCCCUUCCGAUCGGGGUCGGAUACGGACCGGGGGGGUGUACGGUGAACCCCGCGCGCGAGACCGCCCACAGAUUAGACCGUGACUCGGCCUCGCUCCGCCGCUUACGUUCGCGAGUACCCAACUGCGAGAUAAUGUGAUAUUACCAGUGUUAGAAGACAAGGCAGAAAAAAAAGGAAGAGGGAAAUCGGUGGAUGCACGAGAAGAGCGCAACGGGGGGGUUGCAACGAGACGGUUGCAACGACGGGUAACGCGGGAGUAUGCGCGAGUCCUGGUAGCACCGGCUGCUGCUGGAGGAUGAACGGGACGACGACGGAGGAUUAUUAAGUGGAGGCGCGCCGAGAGAAAGGGGUGCAUCGCGGUGUUCCAUGAGAUGUCAGUGGACCCGUCGUCCGGGACAGUUACGCCGUCGUCGUCGUCGUCGCCGUUGUUGUUGUCGUCGUCGUGAUCACCAUGAGGAGGUCCUCCUACGUCAACUACUACGUCCUGUGCCUCGUGUGCUGGAUCCUACUAGGCAUUACCGGGGUAAGUACGAGAUCUCAUUCGCUGGUGAAGAGAUUCGACGGGAUUUACACGGGGCCUUACUUCGACUCGAACACUCCAACGAAUAUCACGGCGCAGCUGGGCACUCAUGCUUACCUACCGUGCAAAGUGCGGCAGCUUGGUAACAAAUCAGUCUCCUGGAUCAGAAGAAGAGACUCGCAUAUCCUCUCGGUGGAUAGAACCAUGUUCAUUCCGGACGAAAGGUUCCAAACGAUUGCCGGGGAGGCGGACACGUGGACGCUGCAGGUGAAAUACGUCCAAGCGCGCGACGAAGGCGAGUACGAGUGCCAAAUCUCGACCGACCCGAAGAAGAGUCACAUCAUCAAGCUCAACAUCGUCGUGCCAAAGAUCGAGAUCUUGGGGGACCGUGACAUGUACGUGAAGACCGGAAGUACAGUCGCGAUACGGUGCGUAAUAAAGCAGUCCCUCGAGGGCCCGUUCUACGUCUUCUGGUACCACGAGGGCGAUCGCGUUCUAAAUUAUCAGCUGGGCAAGAUUGACAUUCAGACGAAGAGGAUCGAGCAGGACACGGUGAGCAGCCUCGUGAUUCACAACGCGAGACGGGAGGACUCGGGUAACUAUACUUGCAGCCCGAGUAACUUGGAUAGCGCGAGCGUGCAGCUGCAUGUGCUGAACGGGGAACACCCCGCGGCGAUACAGAGAGGCAUCAGUUCAGCGCCGGGCGGCUGUCCUACCCUGUGGUGGCUGGCAGGAGUGGUAACAUUGUACUCGAGUCACAGCAGCCGCCUGUUCGUCCUCGUUCUUUUGAUCCUUAUGGUUCUCUACUCGAAAAAUCCAUCUUACUUUGCGACGGAACGAUAAUCAGGCAAGACCGCAAGGAUGGUAUACGCGUAUAAUCGAUUAUCUCCUGCUACGAGACCCCGACUACCUCGAGAGAGAAGAGAUCCUCGACGUUGCGGACCGAUUUUCAGAGAUCAAGGACAAAAAGGGCGAGGAUGAGCGGAUUAGGAAGAUAAAGGGUAAUACGAUGGAGAAAGAGAAAGAUCGGAGAAGAGAAUAAUGAUCCCGGAGGUAGUAUGUUUUUUCUCCGUACGCGUCAAGUAAGAGUUAGAGAGGUUCGUCUCGAUUAUCGAGACUGUGAUCCGGCCGUUAGAAAUUAGGAAUUAGUUUAUUAUAUGAAUUCUUGUUAAAUUGCUGCGGGAGUUAUACGUGCUGGAGAAGCUACGAAAUUUUUGACGUUAUCGAAAAUAUAAAUUAGGUCGAGCUUGAACAACGGGUAGUCCGUGAACGUCGUGAAAACUUUUAAUUGAGAGUCCGGGACCGACAAUUUCACUUAUUAGGGCGAAUUAUCUAACAACAAUCACUGGUUUAUCAAAACCUUUAUCUAAUUGUAAGUAAAACAACGUGUUGCUCUUAUAAUUCUUGACAAAUUAUCGCGGCCGAUAUUUUCGAGCUUGCGUUACUUUUCUAAAGACGCGUUCUACGUUUGCGUUUUACACUUGUCGAAAUGUUUCACGCACUUUCCGUCUGUUUAGCCCGACAAGGUGAAAAGUUACGAAAUCUCAUAAAGGAAGCGCCCGUAAAACGAUCGCGAACGCGAGAUUCUAUCGCGAGGGCGUUGGGUGGUUUCGUAGCACCCGUUACAGAAACAAGAAAGCGAUAACGUGACGAGAAAUACAGGAAGAGGAGAAACGACGGUAAAAGAAAGAGAGAGAGAGAGAGAGAGGGGGGUGGGGGAGAAAGAGCAAGAGUCGAAAGAGAAACGUCGAUGAGCGUCGACGUGGAAAAGCGUCACGAGACUGGGAAAAAGCAGAAAAAAACUUCGUCCGCGCCGCUCGAAUAGAAUUGAAACUUGUUCGAUGAAUUUUCGAGAUGCGAUGUAAUUAAUUAUAUUCGAUAGCGACCGAUUACAACAAAGCGUGUCUAUACUUGACGUCUACCGCGUGAUCUGGGAUCGUCCUGAGACCGAGCGAUCUCGGCCAUCGUCACUUACAAUUAGACGAUAUGCCGAUACGCGCCAGAAGCAAUUAGUAUCUCUCUUUAGUUCGUCAGUCAGCGAGUCUACUCCAAGAUCACUGUGAAAAAACAAGCUUGACUAAAGCCUGGUUUUUCCUUUCCUGGUCAAUUGUUGACUAGAAGUGGUUAGUUGGUUCUCUAUCUCUUCGUAGAUAAUCCUAUGGAAAAAAGCUGGAAAGCCGACUAACCUCCGGUUAACAGUUACCCAGAAAAUGAACACCCUGGGUCUAGAAGGGGAAAAGAAACGAGAGUCCAAGCGACCCUGUUGAGAAAUAAAAAUGUUACUGCUAUUAAUAGCAUGGUGCGAUGGUAUUAUUCGAUCCGAGGAGGAAAAAAUUCAUAUCAAGCGACGUUCUGCCCAUAUCAAACUCAUAGUCACGAUAUUCUGAUAUUCCUAGCGGCAAGCCAAAUUUGAAAGGAGUAAAAUUUUUAUUCGGGAAAGCUCAUCGAUCGCGCGAGCAAGAUGGGACGGGAUAUCGCGAUGGGAAUUAUCACUGCCUCUAUAAAUACUUGACCGCUUUGUCUAAGGCGACAGGUGUCUCGAGACGAUCCGCGAUAAAAAUUUUGGUAAUUAAAGCGCAUUGAGUAUACACACGUCGAUCAAAAUAUAUCAUACGUCCGCGCAUGCACAGGCUGAGACACUCACCGCGACGCGGGCCGUAAGGACCGACGCAUCUUCCACUACCUCGUCCGCUCCUUUGCGCGUCGUCUCGCGAUUUCGGAAAUGCCGCGUUUUUUCACGGAAAAUCGAAGACACUCAUUAGGAAAGUACGUAGAGAAAAAUUUCGACACUUUCGCUCGGGGGGGAUUAAAAAUACUGCCAAUACGAAGCCACUUUGCGUUCCUUCCUUGAAAAAUUUCUCGAAACGCGUGUUUCACAAACUAUACAUUUCUACCGGAGCGUUCAUUCACGUUGGACGACGUUAAAGGAAAGGGGAGACAUUUGUUUUGUAUGAAAUUUACACACGCACGUAUUCGUAGUGCAAGACGCCAAAUUUUACGCGCAUUCGAAAUUCCGUAUUCGGAGCCUCACCUCCCAUAGAUUUCCUUUACUCGCGAACCGUCAAGCGUCUCGUCGUAAACAAUAUAGACAAGUACUUUCGACAGAUACUUUUUGAUAACGUUAUAUCUCCACGACGGUCUCGGCCCGCGGCGCGCCGCCUCUAAGCAUGAUCGGUUGUAUAAUUUAGCGGAUGAACGUACGGCUUUCCGGCGGGCGCCCGCGCGCCCCCCGCGAAUUUGCUUUCUUCUCGCAAAUACUAGAGGGGAGGGGAGGGAAUACUGUUUUUUAUAAUAUUAUAUAUAUAAAUAUAUAUAUAAAUAUAUAUAUACAAACGAACAGAAAUAUAUAUAUGUAUAUGUGUACGCGCGCAAAUACGUUGCACAUGGGUGUUGAAUAUUGAACAAGUUUCAGCUCGCACGAACGAGGGGCGCAUAUAAAGCGGCUAGAGCGUACGUUCUCGUAGAGAAAAUUCUUGAGGAAAUAUCUUGGAGAGAUACGAAGAGCAAGGCGGGGAAAGAAAGACAGAGACAGAGAGAGAGAGAGAGAGAGAGAGAAAGAGAAAGAAAGAAGAGAGGACAGAGAAAUAGAGGAAAAUAACACCAUAGUACACGAGGACUGCGGCAGGAGACGAACGAUUCGUUAGAAUAUCUACGAUUCAUGUGAUUGUAAAUAACGUAACAUAGCGUAUAAAUAACGUAACGUUAAUUAAUGAUAUGCCGUACGUGUUACGCUAAA